AUGUUUGCUCAAAACUAUUCCAAAGAACAAACAACCAAAUCAACGCAUCCAUCUCAACUGGAUCCACGCGAAGCCGUCGAAAACGCCGUAGGCCAACUGAGUACGAUAUUGCUGAGCAACAUCGAUUUGAAGAAUCGAUUCGUUCUGGCCGUCGAGCUGGUGUUAUUCCAGCCCCUUCUCAACACCCGACACACCCUUUGA